AUGGAUAUCUUGCCAGUCCUUGAAGAGCGAGAACGCAUAGCCGAUGAGAUAUUGACAGACAAAUUGGCAAUUGUCGAUUAUGAUAGGAAACGUAAUAGUAAUCGCGAAGCUCUUAAUAAAUUGAAAAAAGAGUUGAAGAAUGAAAGCAAAGUCUGGAUUAACUUAGGUGACAUGUUUAUUAGAAUGGAAAAGGACAAAGUGCAGACACUCGUUAACAAAGAUCAACAACAUCUGGACAGUGAGAUAUCGAAACUUCACGAAAAUAUGAAAGAAAAGAGUACUCGGCUUGAACAAAUUGAAAAAGGAAAUAUUGAGAGAAUGGGCGGGUUUAAUCUAAAGCCAAUUGAAGCAAAAGAUAUCUACAACAUUACUCGGAUGAAGUGA